ACGUGGAUAAUGUAGACUGGGUUCCGACGAUCGAUUUAGAAUUGACGCGCAAGGACGAACUUCCCGACGAUGAUUCUUCCGACAGCUUGGACGAGCCUGUUCCCGCCUCCAACGGUUCGACUGCCAGGCUGCAACCGGAUGGUUCUGUUGCACGAACAACCGGUCACCGGCCUUCAACAAACGGAGCGGUUAAUUCAACUCACGACCGUUCACGAUCCAUAAGCGAACACUCCGACAUGUCUACAAGGGCCGGAUCCGGAAACAUGGAGUGCGGAGCCGAUAAUUCGACCCACGGCCGUUCACGUUCGAUCAGUGAACGCUCCGACAUGUCCUCCAAGGCCGGUCCCGAAGACAUGGAUACUGGAACCGAUCAUUCGUCCCACAGCCGUUCACGGUCGAUCAGCGAACGCUCCGAUAUUUCCUCCAGGGCAGGAUCCGGAAACAUGGAGUCCGGAGCGGAUAAUUCGAACCACGUCCGUUCACGGUCGAUCAGCGAACGCUCCGACAUGUCCUACAAGGCUGGUUCCGAAGACAUGGAUACUGGAACCGAUCAUUCGUCCCACAGCCGUUCACGAUCGAUCAGCGAACGCUCCGACAUGUCUUCACGGGCCGGAUCCGGAAACAUGGAGUACGGAGCCGAUAAUUCAACCCAUGGCCGGUCGCGGUCCAACAGCGAACGCUCUGACUUUUCCUCCAGGGCCGGUUCUGAUCACAAUUUUUCCUCUUGCGAUGAAAUGGAUUCUGAUGACAUCAGGGCUGAUUUGAAUAUGGAUCGUUCUGAUUUGCCAGAAAAUUCCACCUCGUUACCUACAGACCAGCAACAGUCAAACCCAUCUAUAUUGGCAUCCAAACAACAAGAAGAUGAGGCUGUUGCAUCAUCUUCGCGUAAGGGAAAUUGCAACGUACAGGAAGGAGGUGUCUGCUAUCCCGCAAAAACUUUCCAGCAGUACUAUGAUGAAAUUAUUCGUUUGCAAAAAAAAAACGAUGAGUUGGAGGCUGAGGUCCAAAAAUGCAGAAGAGGUCUGAAGUUUGUCGAAGACGACCGAAAAUGUUUAUUCUAUACCGGGAUUAGCAGUUAUGAAACCUUUUUAAACUAUUUAAAUUUUGGAACCUAG